AUGGAUCAAAUAUCAAUGACAAAGAAAAAGAUGGAAAAACCGCUCUUCAUUUUGCAGCCAUUUAUAAUAAUAAAAAAAUUACUGACCUUCUUCUUUCACAUGGAGCAAACAUCACUGAUAAAAAUGCAGAUGGGAAAACAGCUCUUCAUUAUGCAGCUAUUAAUAAUAGCAAAGAAACCGCCGAAUUUCUGCUUUCAAAAAGAUGACAGCAAAAAAACAGCUCUUCAUUAUGCAACCAUUUGUAAUAAAAAAGAAAUAGUCACGCUUCUUAUUUGGCAUGGUGCAAAUAUCGAUGAAAAAACAGAAGAUGGGCGAACAUCUCUUCAUUAUUCAACUAUUAAUAAUAAUAAAGAAAUUCCCAAACUUCUUCUUUUAUAUGGUGCAAAUAUAAAUGAAAAAGACAAAAAUGGAAAAUCUGCUUUUCAAUAUACCAUAGACAAAAAUAAUAAAGAAAUAGCUGUACUUCUUCUUUCACAUAGUGCCAACAUCAACGAAAAAACCGAUGAUGGAAUAACUGCUCUGCAUUUUGCAGCAAAUAAUAAUAAUAAAAUUGUAGAAUUUCUUCUUUCACUUGGUGCGAAUAUCAAUGAAAAAGAUAAAGAUGGUAAAAUCGCUCUUCAUUAUACAGCUAUUAAUAACAGCAAAGAUACAACAGAACUUCUUAUUUUAAAUGGUUCAAAUAUCAAUGAAAAAGAUAACAAUGGAAAAACAUCUCUUCAUUAUGCAAUAGAUAAAAAUAAUAAAGAAAUAGCCGAACUUCUUCUUUCACAUGGAGCAAAUAUCAAUGAAAAAGAUAACAAUGGAAAAACAUAUCUUCAUUAUGCAAUAGAUAAAAAUAAUAAAGAAAUAGCCGAACUUCUUCUUUCAUAUGGAGCAAAUAUCAAUGAAAAAGAUAACAAUGGAAAAACAUCUCUGCAUUAUGCAACAGAAAAUAAUAGGAAAGAAAUUCAACAAUUUCUUAUUUUGAAAGGUGCAAAUAUCAAUGAAAACGACAAUAAUCCAAAGUCCGCUCUUCAUUAUAAAACAGAUAAAGAGAGUAAAGGAACGUCAAAACAUCAUAAUCCACGUGAUUCAAAUAUCAAUGAAAAAGAAAAAGACAGGAAAAACAGCUCUUCUUGCUGUUUAAUUUUAUAA